AUGUGCUUUGUUUCCACUGAAAAUGACGUUCUCAUUCUUCAUAGGAGUCGAUCAGUUGAUGGCGAUUGCGUCCCGUGUCAAUUCAAGAAUUUAGAGCUGAAGCCGAAUGCGAGUCGAAUGAUCUGGAAGAAUAUCAAUGAUAAAUUACGAUCAAGUCGAGUCAGUCAGCGUGAACUCUUCGAAUUAUCUGAAAUAGAGCAACUCAGUAGUUUCGAACGUAAAAUUGCUUAUUUUAUUCGUUUCCAUUUGCGAGAUAUUCUAACAACUGAUCAUCGUCAUGUAUGGUUCUAUAUCCAAACAAAAUCGAUCGAUGAAAUUGAGGAUCAUAGUCAAAUAUUUAAGACAACACCCGAUGAAAUAAAUGUAGUUUAUAGUUUUGGUUCCCUACUAUCCCAUGAUACGUUCAUGGGCCAUUUUAACCAUCGAUCGCUUGCUCGUAUUCAAGUUAUGAAAUUUCCCAAAGCAAUUAUGCUAGAUACAACAACACAUCGCUUGACAGUACCAAUAAAGUAUAUUCAUCCACAGGUGUUAAUCAAUCAUAAAACUAAUGAUAACUCGAUACAAAUUAUUUUCAUGCUGAAAGCAGCGCCAAUUGUUGAAGAAAAGAGAGAUGUAUAUUGUGAAAACAAACGAUUAGUGACUGAAGUGCCUAAGUGCAGUGAUUUACUCGUACGAUUUUUUCCUGCCAGCACGGCGUGGGUGUUUUUACGUGAUUUACCCAUCGCUGGCUAUUCUCGAAGAUCAACGGAUAGCACUAGCAACGCAUUGCCUCUCAAAAUUCGAGCGAAACGUGAUGCAUCCAUGAGAGAUCUAUUCUAUUUAUCAUAUUUUAAAUCAUUGUGCAACGGCGCUAUGGUUGAUCGAACACUAUCGUUAAAGGAUGAACAACGAUUGGGCAAAAGCGCAUCACGUGAUCUAUUUCUCUGGGCUAUUUUUCUCGAUCGAUUUGAACUUGCCACGUAUCUUUGCUCGAAAACUUGGAAUUCAUCAGUUGCUCCUUUGUUUGGAGCGCUAAUCUACCGACGAGCGGCACGGCUCACACUUGAUUCGGAAAUGAAACAACAGUACAUGGGCAAUGCUGAUCAACUAGAUAAUUAUGCAGCAUCGAUUAUCGAUCGGUGUUUUGACAAUGACGAAGAAUUUGCUGUUGAUAUGCUCAAACGGCCAAGUACCGUUUUUUAUAAUAUUACACCCUUACAAUUAGCUCUUAAAAGCAAUUGUCGAUCAUUUAUUGCAUCGAAAUGUGUGCAAAGAUAUAUUGACAAUGAAUGGUAUGGGCACAUUAACUACAAACGACAAGCGAUCCAUUUUCGAGUCUUUCUUUGUUCGUUGUUCCUCCCUCUGCUCCCAAUAUUUUGCUUUUUUCUGCCGUAUGUGCAAAAACAUAAAAGACUGGUUCGGAGUGCUCGGGAUCCUUCAACAAUUAGUCAGCCCACUAUGAUUCAUAGUGUUAUUCAGCCGGGCUUAAAUCGCGGAAGGGUUUAUCUUGGAAAGGUCGAUAAAAUCGCAUAUUUUUAUCGUGCGCCUAUCGUACGAUUUUAUUACUAUACGAUAUUCUUUGUUAUCUUUCUUGGACUAUUCAGUUUCGUGCUUCUUGCUGAUUAUUUUCCAUGGAAUAAUUAUCAAGAGCAACGUUCAGGAAUUCAAGGUUUACAUAUACCAAUUCCGGAAAUAUUUCUGCACAUUUGCCUCUGGUGUUUAGCCAUAGAAGAAGCGCGUCAACUUAUUUCUGUCGACUCAAAAAGAGAAUUCUUUUCGAGGAUAUGGAAUAUUAUCGAUGUUUUAGGAAUUGUCUUAUAUGUCAUCGGUUUCAUUACAAGAUUUUUCGUUAAUGAGUCACUUUUUACUAUUUCAAAAAUCUUCUUAUGUCUUGAUUUGAUACUGUGGUAUGUUCGAACAUUGAACUUAUUUGCUGCCUAUGAGAAAUUCGGUCUGAAAUUAUUUAUGAUAUUCAAUACUAUGAGAGAUCUUCUGUUCUUCAUCUGUUUUAUUCUGAUCUUUCUAUAUGGCUUUUCGGUGGCAUCAUGGUCAUUAAUUAACACAACAAAUCAAGUGUUCUGGAAUUACAAUAGUGAUGGAUCAUUGUAUAAUGUCAGCACAGCCAAUAAUGGAAAUGACCUGUGGACAUGGCAGACCAUACGUGAUGUCACCAACUAUGGUGUUUGGAAGGUCUUUGGGCAAGUCGAUCCAAUCGAUGGUAAUGACUCAUAUUCAGAUGUGGCCUUUGUUUUAGCAAUAUUAUUCGUUGCUAUCGCCAACGUGCUUCUUCUCAACGUACUUGUAGCUUUAUUUAAUCUUACAAUUCAAAAUGUACAAAAUCAAUCUCACGUCUUGUGGCGAUAUCAACGAUUUUUGCUUGUUGCGGAAUAUCGAGACAAACCUCUAUUACCACCACCCUUUAAUAUCUUUUACUACCUUUUUGUUUUUCUCCGAUAUAUUAUCAGAAAAAUGAAGAGUCUUUGUUGCCGUUGUCGACGUAGCGCAACAGUUUCUGGUGAUAAUGUACCAAUCGAUCGAAUUGACGUCAGUGAGAGUAUUAUUCAAAGAGAAGAAUUCAAAGUUACCGAUGCCAUGCAACGUGAAAGUGCUAUAGCGGACGACUAUUGGGGAUAUACAUUGAAACACGGAAAGAAAGAUCAAAUGGAAAUUGCAUUACAUGAUAUUGAAGAAAAACUUCAUGACGUAAGACAACAAUUACAAAUGAUUCAUACUGGCAGUAAUAAUAAUAACUAUCAACCAUUGAAUAAUGAUCGAAAUUCUUGCGCGUCAGAAGAUUAG